AUGUCAACAGAACAAGAACACCCCAAGAAGGCCUUUGGAUGGGCCGCCAGAGAUUCAUCAGGUGUUCUCUCUCCCUUCAAUUUCUCAAGAAGGGAAACGGGAGAGAAAGACGUGACAUUCAAAGUCGCAUACUGUGGGAUAUGUCAUUCCGACCUUCACCUAAUCAAGAAUGAAUUGGAGUCCACUGAAUGGGGUGCUUCCACCUAUCCUCUCGUUCCUGGGCAUGAGAUUGUUGGUGUCGUGACAGAGGUAGGGAGCAAAGUAGAAAAAUUCAAAGUUGGAGACAAGGUUGGUGUUGGAUGCAUGGUGGGAUCUUGCCAUUCUUGUGAUAAUUGUGCAAACAACCUUGAGAACUACUGCCCCAGAUGGAUACCCACAUUUGGUGGCAAGUACCAUGACGGAACGACUACGUAUGGAGGCUACUCAGAUAUCAUGGUGGCUGAUGAGCACUUCGUUGUCAAUAUUCCAGAUAACCUACCUCUUGAUGGAGCUGCUCCUCUUCUAUGCGCUGGGAUUACAACUUACAGCCCUUUGAGAUAUUUCGGACUUGACAAACCCGGUAUGCAUGUAGGUGUCGCUGGCCUUGGUGGUCUAGGCCAUGUGGCUGUGAAAUUUGCCAAGGCUAUGGGGGUUAAGGUUACUGUGAUCAGUACCUCCCCUGGAAAGGAGGAGGAAGCUAUUAAACAUCUUCAUGCUGACUUGUUUUUGGUCAGUCGUGAUGAAGAUCAGAUGCAGGCUGCCAUGGGCACGAUGGAUGGUAUUAUUGAUACAGUCUCUGCAAACCAUCCUCUCUUACCUUACAUUGAUUUGUUAAAGUCUCAUGGAAAGCUUGUUAUGGUUGGUGCACCGGAGAAGCGUCCCGAGCUUCCGGUUUUUCCUCUGCUGAUGGGAAGGAAGAUAGUAGCUGGUAGUUGCGUUGGUGGUAUGAAGGAGACACAAGAGAUGAUUGAUUUUGCGGCCAAGCACAACGUUACAGCUGAUAUUGAAGUUAUCCCUAUUGAUUAUGUGAACACUGCAAUGGAGCGUCUUGCUAAAACAGACGUUAGAUAUCGCUUUGUCAUUGACAUUGGAAACACAUUGAAGCCUAGCUCUUAAGUUUUGCAUCCCUUAUUAUGGCAGGGAGGAUAUCGAAAUUUAAAUUAUGUUUUUUGUAGCCGCGAUUGUUUGAGGUUUGCUAUCAUCUGUUUUGGUUUUAUCACAUCAGAUGAAUAUUGUUUUGAUUAAUUUGCUUGUUUCAGUAUUAAAUUUUUCGUAUGAGGUUUUGGUUUGUGCUAUGUACAAUCUUGCAGUUUAAGCGAGGGCAUAAUAAACCAGUGGUCUCACAAAUUUAAGCCAGGGCAUGAUUUCUCUCAAUCAUCCUAUUUUUUUAAUGUUGCUUGACAACUUUUUUGUUUCAUUUUUUAAUCUUCCCAGACAACUUUUGUUUUUUGCUUUUGUGUUUUUUUAUUUUCUAGCUAUUCUUAUUCAUCAGUCGCCCCUCUACUCUUUAUUUCUUUACUUCAUUAUUUUAGUGUUCUAGACAAACAAAUACAAACAAGGUUUUCGGCCUUACAAAUACAAGGCUCUUUAUUUAUUUGACCAUGAAACUUGCAUGUGUUAAAUAGUAGAAUUCUAUAUUGAUGGUUUUAUAUGCCCUUGUUAUAAAUCAAGAGAGAAAUUGGAGAGGAAAUUGAGAGAGAAUUUAGAUGGAGAGAGAGAGAAGUUUUUCUCUUCUUAUGUGUGUUUUGUUACAAAUGGAGAAGCCCUAUUUAUAGGCAU